AUGUGGAAUUAAAUAUUUGUAUGUUUGUUGUUCAUUAAUCUGUGCCUUGUCAUAGCAUUAAACUUGAGUUUUGUUUUUUAAUUUUUCCCACAAACAGAUCGAUGAUUCUGCCACUUCUAUUUCUCUGGCCCAGCUCUCUAAGACUGCCAACCUUGCUGAGGCAAACGCGUCUGAAGAAGACAAAAUUAGAGCUAUGAUGUCCCAGUCUAACCAUGAAUAUGAUCCCAUUCAUUACAUGAGGAGGCUGGUGGGACCCCCUCCCCCAAACUAUACCUGUUUUCGUUGUGGGAAGAAUGGACACUACAUACGAAACUGCCCGACCAAUGGGCAGGACAAAAGCUUUGAGGCGCCGCCGAGGAUACGGAGGAGCACGGGGAUCCCCCGGAGCUUCAUGACCGAGGUGGACGACCCCAGCAUGAAGGGCGCCAUGCUGACCAACACGGGCCGCUACGCCAUCCCCACCAUCGACGCGGAGGCGUACGCGACCGGGAAGAAGGAGAAGCCGCCCUUCCUCCCCCGGGAGCAGUCCUCCUCUUCGGAGGAUGAAGACCCCGUGCCGGACGAGCUGCUCUGCCUGAUCUGCAAGGACCUGAUGACCGACGCCGUGGUCAUUCCCUGCUGCGGGAACAGCUACUGCGACGAGUGUGUACGGACAAGCCUCCUCGAAUCAGAGGAGCACACGUGUCCUACUUGCAACCAAUCGGACGUGUCACCUGAUGCAUUGAUCGCCAAUAAGUUCCUGCGCCAGGCGGUGAAUAACUUCAAGAAUGAGACGGGUUACACCAAGCGCAUGCGGAAGGGACCGCCCCAGCCGCCUGCCCCCACGGCCCCGCCCCAGCUGAGGGUGCAGCGCCCCGUCCAGCCGGUCAGACCGCCCACCUCCCGACAGCAGGACCCCCUGAUGGCCAACGUGCCCCGUCCCGCGGCGGUCGAGACCCCCCCACCCCCUGUAGCACCGCCGACCGUCACCCCCGCCCAGGCCCCCGUUCAGCCCCCCCACCAGCCCCCCGGAGCGGCCCACUCUGCCAGCAGUAGCCCCGCCCUACAGACCAGCCCUGUGGCCCCGCGCCCCAGCUUCAGCAGCCCCGCCCCCUCCCCUCAGCGCACCAUCAAGCAGGAGGAGCAGCUGCCGCCGCCGCCCAAGGAAUGUUCUAGAGAGCUGGAGAGCGUGGCUCCUCCCCCGUCGGUUCUGGUGCCAGCGGACCCACCUCUGCCAACGCCGGUCAUUCCAAAGGGAUACCACGUUCCUGUCAUUGGCCAGCCUCACUCUCUCGGUCACAACAUCCCAAGAAACAUGCAUCCACCCCGGCCCAGCCUGCCCCGGCCUGUAGGAGGGAGACCGCCGUGGGAGAUGUCUUCUGGGAGGGGCAGGCCCCACAACGACCGGCCCCCUCGAUCACAGGCCCCGCCCAUGCCUGCCGCCCUGCCGGCCGCCCCCCCGGUCUAUGGGCCCCCGUCUCUCUUUGCCCAGCACCAGCACCCCAUGCCCCAGCCCCCCGGCGUGGCCCCGCAGCAGUACCCCCUGCCGUACCCCCCCGGCCAACCCCCCGCCGCCAACUACAGCGUGCCUCCGCCCGUCUACAACCCCGCCCCCGCCAACGUGCCUGCCCCGUGGGUGCCCCCCGGCACCCAGCCCCCCAUAAGCAACACCAUCCCCCCCCUCACCCCCACCCCCUUCCUCUCCAAGGAGGAGUUCUACAGACAGCAGAGGAGGCUGAAGGAAGAUUCGCACUGUCGAUUCGUUGCCAGGGAGAAGUCUAAACUCGAGGAAUUCACCAACGACUUCGCCAAAGAGCUUCUGGAGUAUAGAAAGAUCCAGAAAGAAAGGAGACGAUCCUAUUCCAGGUCCAAGUCCCCGUACAGGGGCUCGUCGUACAGCGGCAGCUCGUACUCCUACUCCAAGUCCCGCUCGCGCUCGCGCUCCGCGCGCUCGUACUCGCGCUCGCUCAGCCGCUCGCGGUCGCGCUCGCGGUCCAGGUCGCGCUCGCGGUCCCGCUCCUACUCGCCGUACUCCCGCCGGGGCGGGCGGGGCCGCAGCCGGAGCUACCGCUCCAGGUCCCGCUCCCACGGCUACCACCGCUCCCGCACGCGCUCGCCGUCCUACCGGGGCCGCGACGGGGCCGGCGGCAGCGGGGCCUACCGCUCGCGCUCGCGCUCGCCCGGCGGCUACCGGAGCCACACGCCCAGCAAGAAGCCCGCGCUGCCGCCGCCGGCCGAGGCGGACCGCGAGCGCGACCGCAAGUUCCCCAACCGCUUCCGGGAGGCGCCGGUGUACGACGGGAAGCCCUACUACGGGCGCGGCGCGGACCAGGGCGGCGACGCCUUCGAGCGCGAGCGCUACCGCGAGUGGGAGAGGGAGUACCGGGAGUGGUACGAGAAGUACUUCAAGAGCUACAACAACCCCCCCGCGGGAGGAGGAGGACGAGGAGAGGGAGGGGUCGGGGGUCUGCCCCGGCCCGGUAGGGGCCCCCCGCCCGGCCGCGAACCCUUCGCCCCCGAACGCUUCGCCCCGCCCCGCCCCCGGGAGAACUCCCCCUUCGGCCGCGGGAGGAGAGGCGAGGAGUACCAGCUGCCCGCCCCGGGCCACGCGCACGCCCACGGAAUCCCCCCCAGGGGGCGCAACAUCCCCCAAACCUACCAGGAGAAGUUUGCCUUCAAGGAGGCCCACGGGUUGUCCUUGUUGGGUCCCGGUCCGGGACCUGCAAGAGGGCCUAGCAAGGAGCUCCCGAAGGCCCCCAAGGAGAAGGAGGUGGGCGGGGCAGGGGCGUCGACCGACCCCAAGGCCCUGAAGCACAAGAAGCACCGCAAGAAGAGGAAAGGGGAAGACGGAGGAGAUGGCUUCAGCCAGUCGGACUCCAUGGAGGACAGCGCGGGCGGGGCCAGGAAGGACGAUCGGCAGAAAGGGGGCGGGGACUCGCUGCUGAUGGCGUCCAGCCGCGACGACGCCACGCCCGUGCGGGACGAGCCCAUGGACGGCUCCGCCCCGCCGCCCUACAAGACCGCGUCCUCCUCAGACCGCGACAGGCGGGACAAGGGCGGGGCCAAGGGGAAGAGCGAGAAGACCAAGCGCAAGGCCGACGGCGGGCCGAAGAAGGAGUCCUCCAAAAGCGCCACCGCGGCGACCGCCUCCGCCUCGUCCUCCAAGUCCUCCCGGGAGAAGGACAGCGACGCCGACCGGGACAAGUCGCCCCGCUCCGAACCGCCGGCCAAAAAGCACAAGGAGGACUCCUCCCUCAAGGGGGACCCGUCCAAGCCCCACCCGUCCCAGAGGGGCGACUCGUCCCGCCGGCCGGCCCCCAAACCCGCCAAGCCGCACCAGGACCCCAAAGCCUCCAAAGACGGCGGAGACGCUCGGGCCAAGAAGGAGCCCGCCGCGAAGGACGCCGCCGCCGCGCCUGGCUCCGCCCCCGCCGCCGCCGCCAAGCACGACAAGCCCCGCCGCGACGCCGAGAAGCCGUCCUCCGCCAAGGCCGGCGACGCCAAGCCCGACAAGCGCAAGCGCAAGGACGACAAGGCCGAGGCGGACCCCGCCCCCGCCUCCAAGGCCACCCGCGGCCCCGACGCAGCCGAGGGGGCCAAGGGCUCCCCGAAGCCCAAGCCCAAGACGGAGAGCGAGAAGCAGGCGGAGCGCGAGAGGGAGAGAGAGAGGGAGCGCGAGAAGGAGCGGGAGAAGGAGCGGGAGCGGCCCGCCAUCCGGCCGCUGAUGGAGAAGGAGAUCAAGCCCGUGCCGCUGAGGAAGAUCAAGAUCAACCGCGAGAUCGGCAAGAAGAUCGGCAGCGCGGAGCUGCCCCCCGCGCCCGCGCCCCCGCCCCCGCCCGCGCCCGAGGAGCCCAGCAACGGGGCCGGGAAGGGCCGGCCCGACCGGAGCAAGGGCAAGGUGCGCAGGAAGGUGCCUGCCCCGGACGGCUCGGGCUCCCUGCUGGUGGACUACACCAGCACCAGCUCUACCGGAGGCAGCCCCAUUAAGAGGCUGGAGGAGAGGCAGGACCUGAGGAAGACCGUGGUGAAGACUCUGGAGGAGUACACCAACGACAGCUCCACCCCGGCCGAGGACGAGAUCGUCCUGAUCCAGGUGCCGCGCUCCAAGUGGGAGAAGGAGGACGAGUCCGACGACGAGGAGGGCCGGGCGUCCUCCGCGCCCUCCGGCGAAACCGCCGCGCCCUCUGGCUCCGCCCCUCCCCCCGCCCCCGGCCCUGCCCCCGCCGCCCCUCCCCCCGCCCCCCUCGCCGCCGAGGGCGCGGCCACCGCCGCCAAGCCCGCCGACAAGGAUAAGGACACGCCCCCUCCGGAGAGACCCGCCUCCGUUGCCAAGGACGCGGUGGAGGCCCCUCAGCCCGAGGCCAAGCCGGCACGGGUCUCCACCCCCGGCGACAAGGAACGGGAGAAGGAGAAGGAGAGGGAGAGGGACAAGGAUAAAGAGAGGGACAGAGAGCGGGAGAAGGAGAGGGAGAGAGAGCGAGAAAAAGAAAGGGAGAAGGAGAAGGUGAAAGAGAGGGAGCGUGGCGGAGGAGGUGGAAAUUCGGACAGGGAGGCGGUGACGGACAAGCGGAAGCCCGUCCCCUCCACCUCCGGCUCGGAUCGGGAGAGGAACCCGGAGCGCGGCAGUGACCAUAGCAACGAGAAGAGCAGCUCCUCUUCCUCCUCCUCAUCCCGGGACAGGCCGUCUGAGAAGAUGGACCCCGCCCCCCGGAAAGCGGCGGGAGCCGCUUCAUCGGCAGCCGGGGAGAGGAAACCGGAGCACAAGUCCGGAGCCAGGGACCAUUCCGGCUCAAAGUACAAGGACUCCAAACCCAGAGACCCCGCCAAGAGGAGAGAGUCUCCGCCCCCGCCCAAAGAGCAGGGCGCGCCCCCGAGGGCCCGGGACCGGGACGCUCAGCAGCACGGCGACGGAGCCAAGCGAGGGGGGGCGGAGUCCCGCAGGCCCGACCACAGCCCCGCGCGGGACAAGAGGCCGCCGUCGAACGCCGGCGGUCCCGAGCCCAAGAGGCCGUCGGACAAGGAGGGCGCGCCCGGCCGCCACUCCGACUCCACCGCGAGGGGCGCCAAAGAGCGGGAGCACGGCGCCGCUCACAAAGCGUCCCACAGGGGGGCGGGGUCACCCGAGGAGAGGGCGGGGCGAGGCGGCGGCGGCGAGCGCGGGGAGCACCCCAAGGCCAAGGCCCCGCCGUCCGCCCGCUCGGCCCGCCUCUCCUCCGACCUGACCCGCGAGACGGACGAGGCCGCCUUCGUGCCCGACUACAGCGAGAGCGACAGCGAGGACGCCUCCGACACGGAGGGGCCCGGCCGGGGGGCGGAGACGGGCCGUGCCGGGGGCGGAGCCAGCAGCCCCAGCGCCAGUCAGAGCCACUCGGGAAGCCCCGCCCACAGCAGCAGCGGCGGCAGCUCGCUGGGCAGCCAGGACAGCCGGAAGAAGAAGAAGGAGAAGAAGGACAAGAAAGACAAGAAGAAGCACAAGAAACACAAGAAACACAAAAAACACAAGAAGCACGGCGUCGGCAACGAGUCCGACUCGGAGCAGAAGGGACAGAAACACAAACACAAGAAGAAGAAAUCCAAGAAGAACAAAGAAAAGGACAAAGAUGAGAAGGAGAAAGAAGACCAAAAACCCAAACUGGCUGAAUCUUGAUAGGCACGGACACAGUUGAUUGAAUUCACCGACGUCCUGUUUUUUUCUUUUUUUUUUCUUUUGUAAUGUCAGUGUAUAUUGUACAGAGAAAUUUUUGAGUUGUACAUAUGCAUAGAGAUGAAUAUGCUGCACGUAAUAACUACUGCUCAGCUGAGAUUUUUUUUUUCAUCCAUUUGUUUUGUCUUCUGAGGGUUAUACAAAUGCAAAAAUUGUACAGAAAUGUUAAUUUGACCAUGCAAAAAAAAAAAGUAAAUACUGUGGUGUUGAGAUUUAGCUACUUGAAUGGAGGUGAAUUUAUUUAUGUCAUCAACCUUUUAAGGAUUUUUUGGGCACAGUGGUGAGGAGUGGAUCUUGCCUGAGGGUUUUUGGGGGGGGUGGGGGGCAGGGGGGUAGUGGAUCUUGCCAGAGGGUCUUUGGGGGUUGGGGGGGGAUGGGCCCCUGUGGUAAGUGUUUCUAAAGUCAUUUCAGAGGAUUUCUCCAUUGCAGGAGAGUUCUUUAUCAUCAUAUAGGAAUUGUUCAUUUAUAAAGCAAUUGCCAUAGCACUUUACAAAUGCAGAUUUGAACAUUAUCACAAAGCCUGAUGGAGCGAAUUCCUCAUAUCUUGACAUAGUACCCAGAAUGCAUUAGGCCUUUAAUUAUGGCACUGUAAGAGCAUUAUUAUGGACAGAACUGGAUAGCUGUUUUAAUGAAUUCUUUCAUGGCGACGCAUCCUUAUAAAGUAGGUGUGGGAUUUGCUGUACUGUGAAAUUUUUCCUCAUUUUUUUUCCACUGACUUUGCAUCGCCUUCAUGUUUGAUUUAAACCACCAGCUGAAUCCUAGAGGGAAGAAGGCCUUUCUAUGUUUUGAUGACAAUAAAUUUUUUUCAGCAAAACUUUAAACAA